UACGUCAAAUCAAUUUAUUAAAAAAAGUUCCUAAACUCACACUUUCCCUUAAACAUUUGGUAAUAAAUAAGAAAAUAUAGUAAAUUCUUGGUAAAUACAAUGUUGUCAUGAGAUAUGAUAACAAAAACUAAUGUUGUGAAAUGCUGGAGAAUCAAUUUUUAUCAGUAGAGGAAAAGCGGACUAUUGGAUAACCAUACACUGGUUGGCUGCAAGGUGACCGUACACUUGUGUCCCCUUAUCUAUCAGCUAUCUGAGUGCAUGCAGUCAACGGCAACCAAAAAACAAAAGCCAAAUUGAAGAUCAUUGAUUAGUGGCAGUUGGUUUUGGGAGAGAAUGUCUUACAUGGCUAGGCGGUAUUGAUUGCAGUUAGGGAAGUUCAACUUGUCCAAUGCCCAAAACAACUACUCGUCCAUUGUAAGCCAAGUUCAAAUCUACGGGCAGCUCAAAAUUCACCAUUUAACACAUUGGCGGCGGGAGAGAGAAUUUCGUAUGCUCAAUCUUUCUCUCUCUCGCUCUUUUCCUUUUUUUUGGUUAAGUUUUGUGUUAUAAAGCUUUCUUAGCCAAGGCGCAGGCGCCUCUGCUACCAAACAAGUUUGAGUAUCUGCAGCUUAAAGACCGAAAGACGGCAGCGUGUGCGCAACCAAGCAGCGAGUGGUGUCAGCUAAGCUCAAAGGCACCAGCAGGUUAAAACAAAAAACACUUUGCUGAAGCUGUUUGAGCCAAACGCAACUAAAGAUUUUCCUUAAGCCGUCCUCCGGUCAUCGUCGUUGUGUAAUCGAUAAAGAGAAAAAUUACAAAAAAAAAAAAAAAUCAAAUUAAUCCAAAAUAAUAACUUGUGGUCGCUAAACUUUUUCUUGAAGCAAAAAGUCCAAAAUAGUACCAAUUCUUGUGGUCGGCAUAGGAAAAUAUUAUUCAAAUUUUCGAAAAUAAAAAGCCGUUGCUGUGUGUGUGUGAGUGGAUACGUGCGUGAAGUGCGUAACUUGAAUACCUGAUCGCGUUCGUGACAAAACCAAAAACCUAUGCUUUUAACGGAAAAUCCCAGAGUGGAGAAAGAAGUAAAGAAAUUAACAAGUAUCCAUUGUGAAACUUAAUGAAGUCGAAUUGUUAAAGCAAGUGUUCAUUUUUAUAGAAAAAACAACAAAAGUGUAAAAACCCACCAAUCGUUUUACUUUUCCUUUUUUUUUGCUUUGCUAUACCAAGUAAGGGAAAGCUGAUCGAUCCUCCGAAUAAUUCAGAAUACCAACUCUACAUAUUUAUAACCACCUUCCCCUUCUAAAACGUCGAAUCAAUCCCCGUUUUCUUUGGUUUCCCAAUCCAUACCUUUUGCCGCCGAUAACAUAUAGAAAAACAUAAACAAAUAUAAAAAUGGCCUGCUUAAGCACUUCCGGUCGCCAAGGACUGUUUGUGGCAGUCAGUGCGCGUCGUUACAAUAAUCACAAAUAUCUAUGUCAACUGGUGCUGCCACCGCAAUUGCAACAUCACAAUGCCGCCCACAACUCGGCUGCCAGCAGAGGAUCUUUUACAAGUGCUAAUGGCAGUAGCAAAACGAAUACUAAAACUGGUCUUGUUGCCGCCACUGCUUCAAGGUUGUUGAGCUGCAAUGCAGCGAAGACUUCCGCUUCCUUGUCUAACGCACCAUCGUCAUCAGCGAUGGCUUUGCCAUUUCAACAAGCUAAACGUUACUACCAUGGAAUAAAUGGUGGAGCCAAUGCUAAUGUUUUCAAUGUAAUGUUGAACUCCGACAAAUCCUCCUCACACUCGAAAACGAAAAGCUCAAAUGCCAAAACUUCAGCCAAUUGCUGCCGCUACAGCUCCGUCCACACUCAACAACCGGCUGGACCCGUGCGUGAAAUUCAAAUUGAUCCCUACAUUGUUGUGGACGAUGAGCUGAAAUAUUUUUAUGAAGAUAUUAGAGAGGCCCUGGCCACAGGUACAACACAAGCAGAACUGAACACCAUAGCCACAUACUAUAUUGAUGGGCAGGGUAAAGCUUUAAGGCCUAUGGUUACAAUGCUAAUGGCCAAAGCCGUAAAUUAUCACUUAAACAAAGAGUCAAGACAAUUGCUGAAUAAACAACGAAAAAUUGCCAUGUUCGCUGAAAUGGUGCAUUCUGCCAGUUUGGUGCAUGAUGAUGUUAUCGAUCAGUCAGAUUAUCGUCGUGGCAAGCCCAGUGUGAAUGCCCUGUGGAAUCACAAAAAGGUUGCAAUGGCCGGAGAUUAUAUAUUGUCUGUAGGUUCCAUCAUAAUUUCCCGUUUAAAUAACGAUGAGGUUACCAUCGUUUUGAGUCAGAAUUUAAGAGAUUUGGUACAAGGUGAAUUCAUGCAGUUGGGUUCAAGGGAAACCGAAAAUGAACGUUUUGCCCACUAUUUGACAAAGACAUACAGGAAGACGGCUUCACUGAUAGCCAACUCACUGAAAGCGACGGCGGUUAUUGCUGAUGCCGAUGAGGAUCUAAAGGAAUUGGCAUUCCAAUAUGGUCGCAAUGUGGGUUUGGCCUUCCAACUUGUUGAUGAUAUGCUCGAUUUUGUAUCGUCCACGGAAACACUGGGUAAACCUGCUGCUGCCGAUCUGAAAUUGGGUCUUGCAACGGCUCCCGUUCUAUUUGCCUGCGAAAAGUACCCCGAAUUGAAUCCCAUGAUUAUGCGCAGAUUUAGCGAACCCGGAGAUGUUGAACGUGCCUUUGAAUUGGUGCACAAAUCGCAUGGCCUGGAACAGACACGCUUUUUGGCCAAGAAACACUGCAAUGAGGCGAUACGAUUGAUCCAAGGUCUGGCCGAGUCACCCUAUCAAAAGGGUCUGCAGGUGGUUGCGGACUUGGUUAUAAAUCGUAUGAAGUAAUAUGAGCUUUUUUGUUUUUGUUUUUGCUAAUCACCCAUACAUGCAACACAAACACCCACACACAUACAACAACACACACACACACCCAUAUACAUAGAUCAGCACUAAUUGAUAAUAUUUAAAGAAAAAAAAGAAAGUAAAUAUACAAAAAACUUUAUAUACAUAAAUGGGGAAAAAGAAUAUUUAAAUAAAAACUUAAUUAAAAGGGAA